CUUGCCCGGCCCCAGGGUAAAUACGAUUCAUGACCUAACCCCUUGCGGAAAUUCGACGUCUCCAAAAAGCCCCUGAGCCUCAGGAGAAGGGUUUGCUCUGGUCAGCCGAACACUCCGCGCGGCUGGUGUACAUCACCUUGCGUUCACGGAGAGAAGGAAAUCGGAAAUUUACUUCGCCGGCGACAGUGCAGUCGGCCUCGGCUCCAGGUGGAGAUCGUCUUGGCAAUGCAAACGGCCACAUGGAGUAGCAUCGGGGAACAACCGGCCUCACCUCUAACCUCCGGCUUCAACUCUUGGAAAUCGGCAGCCCUUCCCAAGAAUCUAGGCAUCGCCACAUCCGGAAGCAGUGCCUUCAGCCCCUCAAACACAGCUCCCAAUUUUUCCUUGAAUAACAAGUAUGCCUUGCUGAACAACUCAAGCUUAAAGACUCAGGAUUGUGGUCAGUUUAAGCCCAACCUCCAGUCAACGGUUGAAUACUUUUCAAACCCCUUGCACCCACGUGUUGACAUGGCUCACUAUCACGACUCCUGGUUUAGACCCUCCCAUCAAGGGGGUCCCUCUGAAGACGGGGGUCUCUCGGCCACCUGGUGGGACCUACACGCUGGCUCGAGUUGGAUGGACCUGCAAAAUGCAACAGCAGGUCUCCAGAACUCGACUCAUCCAGCUGGGUUUCAGCCCCCUCUGGGCAACUAUGGGUCUGAGCACCAGAUCUGUGGUCCUGCAACUCACCUCUUGCAGCCCAACCAGGUUAUGAUCAACCAGGAUGGAUACAAGCAUACUGAGCCUGUCCAGGAGCCCCUGGUCUUGAACCAGACGCUGGAUGGAGCCUCUAGACCAAAGGGCGCCCGACGGUCAUUGUCUCGAAGCUCAGCGCAGGGGAACUGCCGUUGUCCCAAUUGCCUCGAGGCUGAAAGGCAAGGGGCAUCGGUGGAGGGAAGCAACAAGAAGAAGAUGCUGCAUAAUUGCCACAUCCCGGGCUGUGGGAAGGCGUACGUAAAGACCUCUCACCUCAAGGCUCACCUAAGGUGGCACAGCGGAGACCGGCCUUUCGUCUGCAACUGGCUCUUCUGUGGCAAACGCUUCACCCGCUCUGAUGAGCUCCAGCGUCACCUGCAGACCCACACGGGCUCCAAGAGGUUCCUCUGCCCCAUCUGCAACCGGGUCUUCAUGAGGACCGACCACCUAACCAAGCACAUGAAGACACAUGGCGAGGCCAGCCAGGCGGGCACCAAAGAGAGUGGCAGAGAGGGCAGCAAGUGUAUCUCGCUGCCUGGGCCUCCCCAGUCUCCAGGAAGCCUGCAGAGAGACUGUGAGGGGAAGGGGGUCAGCGAUGGACUCCCAGUUACUGAUGUACAGCAAAACUGA